CUCGAAUCAUGGCUGACGUUACCUUGAAUACACAAGUUACCCUUAACAAUGGUAGGCAUAUCCCUGCCGUAGGGCUUGGGGUCUACCGAGCACAACCAGGAGAAUCCACUCAAUCAGCUGUAUUGGAAGCUUUAAAGAUUGGAUACCGUCACGUUGAUACAGCUCAUAUCUAUCAAAAUGAAGCAGACGUUGGCGCUGCUAUUGCUAAAAGUGGUAUACCUCGAGAUGAGAUUUUUGUCACCACAAAGUUAUGGGCAGAUCAAGGGUUCGACUCAGCCAUUCAAGCUUGUGAAGAGUCUCUGCAAAAACUUGGUUUAGAUUAUAUCGAUCUGUAUCUCGUCCAUUCGCCCAAUCCUGGACCAAAGCGUCGUAAAGAGACUUGGGAUGCGUUGCAACAAUUGGUUGCAAAGGAUAAAGUUAAGAGUAUAGGUGUGUCAAACUAUGGUAUCCAACAUCUUAAGGAACUCCUCGGAUCAAACCCCAACAUCCGUCCUGUCGUUAAUCAGCUUGAGAUUCAUCCCUGGAAUACUCGUGAAGAACUAGUCGAUUUUUGCAAUUCUCAGAAUAUCAAGAUCGAAGCUUAUUCACCACUCACAAAGGGCCGCAAGCUGGACGAUCCAGAUCUAGUAAGGAUUGCCGCCAAAUACGACAAAUCACCAGCCCAAGUUCUUAUUCGAUGGUCUUUGCAACAUGGGUACAUUGUCUUGCCCAAGAGUGUGACUCCAGAACGUAUUGCGAGCAACGUUAAUGUGUUCGAUUUUGACCUUUGCGAUAGCGACAUGAGGAUCUUGAACGACAAAGAUGAAUAUCUGCUGACUGGUUGGGAUCCUACUGUUGUACCUUAAGAUAUUUGAAUGAUUGUAUUGGUUUUAUUAUAAUUUGAAAAUGGGGGGAAUAUAUUAAAUUGUGUCUAAAAGUAAAACUGGCGGACAUCUGACGAUCCAAAUGAUUCACCACAACUCGGGCAUCGGCGUUGGCGAGUACCAAUGCG